UCAAAUCCAUACCACAAAAAUAUUUACUUAACAAGAAAACCGAAGAAAAAAUCGAAAAAUCUGGUUUUUAAAUAAAUUUUCAGAGAAUUCAUACUAACUAUUCUAUAUGAAAUGGCGAAUACUUCCGUUACAAUAUCAGAUGGUGAAUCGAAAAGCAACUCCCUUAAUGUUUGCGGAAUAUGCAAUGAAAAUUCAAGCAAAUACUGUUGCCCCCGCUGUGAAAUUUACUAUUGCUCUCUAGACUGCUACAAAUCAGAAAACCACCAAAACUGUUCAGAAAGUUUUUAUAAAGAAUGCGUGGACGAAGAGCUGGCUGGAAACUACACCGACGAAGAGUCGCGGCAAAAAAUGAUCGAUAUUCUACAACGUUUGAAUAAAGAGCAGGGUGCGGGCGCUCAGGACAUUGAUGAGCUGUUACAAAACCUGGAUAAUGGUGAAGAUGAGAACUGCAUAGACUCGGAUGAUGAGGACUGUGUCGACUUGGAAGAAAGGGUGAAGGGACUGAACCUCGAUGAUGCUGACGCAGUCUGGAAUGCUCUCACAGAAGACGAGAGGAAUGAGUUUGAGGCUUUACUAAACCAGGGAGAUGUUGGGUCUUUCAUACCCCAAUGGGAGCCAUGGUGGAAUCACUAUGAAGAAGAGAAAUUGGUUAAAGAGAUUAUGGAAAAUUCAAAAGCAGAUAAGGAUUACAUGAAAAACUGUCCAACAAUUAUUAAAGUACCACAAUUCUCUUCUUUGACGAGUGUCCAGCCAUCACCAGCGAUCAAGAAUAACAUCACCAAUGUGUUGGCAUCAUAUGCCUUCAUCAUCAGAUACUUCAACGGGGAUCUGGAGCCGGUAGAAGGGACUGUGUAUUUGCUCAACAUUUGUGCCAACUUGGACAACAACACUAACUUUGAAGAUACAUCUGUUGCAGUUGAAUCUGUUGCCCAGAAUUGUUUGAAGAGUGAAUUGAUACAGACAGACAAGCCCAGUCUGGAUGCCAUGAAACAUGAUACAUUCCUGAUCCUUCAAGGGCCAAGCACAGAAAAUAAACCGUUCUACUGCCAAGCAGCUCUGUCCCACCUCCACAGCAUAUUCAAACAAGCCAAAACUGCACAGAAAAGUGUAAAAACGGUUGAGAAAAAGAGUUGCAAUAAAAAUGAUUUUACCAAAAAGUUCCAAGAUCAUGGUUCAGAUCAUUUCUCAAAGUUAGAUGUAAGUAAAGUGAAGAAGUGUAUGAAGAAAGUUGAGUAUUAUCUGUCUUAUAUUGAAAGCCAUGGAAUGGACUUUGAAUAAAAUAUAAAAUUUAA